CAAAUGUUUUGCGCACCCUAAUUUAAAAGUUAAAAAAGACUAAGUAGCUAAUUUAAAGUUUGUACCAGAUAUUUUACGUCUAAUUAUUUAUUCUACAUAAGGAUUAGUGCAUGUGGAACACGUGAAAUUCCUUCGCAGAUACAAAAAUAAAAUUUAUGGCUAGUUUUCUCUUGCAAAAUAUCGUUGUUUUCUCAUCUAUGGCGUUUCAUUUGGACAGUGCAGAUUAUUGUCAGGCGCAGCACAAAUAAGUUGUAACGAAGAAAAAAAGAAGCAGAAAGAAGAAGCGAAAAAGCUCUCAAGUCAUUGGACGUUUUAUUAUAUCAGCAAGAUAGUCUGAGUUUUCCGCAAAUUUGCGUAUUUGGAUACACACACCACUUGAGUUACAGUUAAAACUUUGAGUUUUUAGUACAAAAGAAAAUAAUUACCUUGAGCUUCGAAAGGAAUAUUAUAUUAUACACCCCACGAAUAUACCACUAACGGAAAUAGUUAAAAUUAUUAUUCGCUCUAAAAUAUCAAAUAAGACUGGAAAACGCUAAAUCAUAAAACAACACUGUAAAAUCUUUCAACAUUGUUGGCGGCCAAUUAUUUGAAGCAAGUUUCAACAAUUGCACAAUUUAUAUAUCAACAAAUAAAAAAAAAAACUAAAAAGGAGAAACUUAAGUAACCCAACAAAGUUACUGUGCAGUGAAUAUACCAAAUAAGAAAAAAAAUAACAGAAACAUAACAAAAAUAUCCUUCGAGUAACGACAAAACAUAUACACACUUUUUACUUGUACAUUGUCUAUUGGUAGUGUUUCUAUAAGAAAAAAAACUAUUUUAAUGUCAACCGUAAUGCGUCAAAAGGAUAUUCGACCGGCGCCAGCUAAAAUCGAAUGUAAGGGAAUGAAAUUUCUCAUCACUGAUCGACCAAGUGAUUUGACAAUUCAUUCCUACAUAGCUGAAUUAAAAAAAAAUAAUGUAACAACUGUAGUUCGCGUGUGUGAGCCUAGUUACAGACUUGACGACUUAAUAGCGCAAGGAAUUACAGUUAAAGAUUUAGCAUUUGAGGAUGGAACUUUCCCACCACAGAACGUAGUUGAUGAAUGGUUCGAAAUAUUGAAGCAAAAAUUUACCGAAGAUCCAGACACAUGUGUUGCAGUACAUUGCGUUGCCGGACUAGGUCGUGCCCCUGUUCUCGUAGCACUAGCAUUAAUAGAACUUGGAUUAAAAUAUGAAGCAGCUGUAGAGCUAAUAAGAGAGAAAAGGAGAGGUGCUAUCAACGCAAAACAACUAUCGUAUCUUGAGAAAUACCGAGCAAAGCGUAGAUUAAAUUCAAAAGUUCAUAAGAAUUCGUGUUGCUUACAGUGAAACAGUAAAGUUUUGUAUAUAUGACGAA